UCUAUAUCAUACUUUCAUAAAAGAUAAAUGGAAUCACAUACUUUCUUCUCUCUCUAUAUCUCAUCCUUCUGCAGUCCCUCUUCUUCCUCAUCGUCGUCUUAUUCCUCACUUUAUUGAACAAGAAAGCCCUAGAUUUUAUCUGUUCAAGUUCAAGACCGUACAUGCUUAUUAGAAGCUCAGUAAAUUAUAAAGAUCCCGUAAAUAGCAUUAUGAAUAUCGUCCAUUGGAAAUAUCUGAACGACGACGUUUCCGGCGGGACUACGAAGAGACGUGAAGGAGAAGGAGAAGGAGAAGAAGAUGCAGACGAAACCACCGUCCUCGUAGCCACCAGUGGCAAAACCGUAAAUACGAAGCCACCAACCUUGAUUUCUUCUUCAACUUCAUCCUCGUCGUCGUGGAUGAAAUCGAAGGAUCCGAGGAUUGUUAGGGUUUCACGCGCCUUUGGAGGCAAAGACCGUCACAGCAAAGUGAGUACGUUGCGUGGUCUACGCGACAGACGAGUGAGAUUAUCAGUCCCAACUGCUAUUCAGCUCUAUGAUCUUCAAGAACGGCUCGGCGUUGACCAGCCUAGCAAAGCCGUUGACUGGUUGCUCGAUGCAGCUAAAGAGGAGAUCGACGAGCUUCCUCCGUUGCCCGUCUCGCCAGAAAAUUUCAGCCUCUUCAACCAUCACCAGUCGUUCUUGAAUCUUGGUCAGCGGCCGGGCCAAGAUCCGACCCAACUCGGGUUUAAAAUCAAUGGAGAGUCUACUACAACUACUACUAAUUCUAGCCGUGAAGAAAACAACAAAGAGAGGGGAGAAAACGAUGUCGUUUUCACAAACAAUCAUCAUAUCGGGUCUUAUGGAACCUAUCACAACAUGGAACAUCAUCAUCAUCAGCAUUCGAUUUUUCAGGCAGAUUAUCACAAUCAUCAACAUCAACUACAUAGUCUUGUCCCAUUUCCAUCACAAAUCUUGGUGUGCCCAAUGACGACAACAACAACUAUACAAUCUUUGUUUCCAUCAUCGUCUUCAGCUGAUUCCGAGACUAUGGAGACAACAGAUCCAAGGCAUAUGGUAAGUCAUUUUCAAAUGCCAUUAAUGGGUAGCUCUUCAUCUUCAACAUCCCAAAACAUUUCGACUUUAUAUUCAUUGUUACAUGGUAGUACUAGUAGCAACAAUGGUAAUAACCGGAUGUCGUCGGUCCAAUUAAACCGGACAAGUAGAGGAAGUGAACAUCACCCGAUGUAAAAUUAGAUUAUGGAAACAAUUAGUGUUCGAUUUGUUCACAAGUGAACUAGUGGACACAAAACAAAAGUAAUACGCUAGUUAAUAUUGUACUACAUUUGUUAUCCCGAUAUAAUUUUGACUUGUAUUUUAACA